UCUCGGGCCAAGACUAAAUCGGACCGGGUAGGUGCAGGACGAAGUUGCUAUGGUUCACGGACGCUUUGUUGCUGCUGCUGUAAAACAAGUUCCCGAGGAUCACACAGCAGUUACAGCAAUGUCUGACGAGAAAUGCUUGCCGAUUGUUCCAGAGCAUCAUGGGUUGUAGUUCAUCAAUUCCGAUAAACAGUCCUGAGACAACUGUAAAGACUGCAGAGGUCAAGAAGAUUGACAGUCAUCCUAACUUCAGAAAUGAAAACAAACAAGAUAGAACAUCAGGGGCUGAGGCCACUCCAUGUGAUACUGAAGAAGUGGAGAAUGUGAAAACCAAUUAUAGGGGGUCAUCCUCAGAAAAGCCAAACAGAGACAGCAGUGCUGUCCAUAAAAAUGUAACCAAUCAUCCUAUUGGACAAAAAGGUAACGCAAAUGCUGGACCAGGAGAAGAGGACCAAUCAAAUGAGUUGUCAGGUGUUGGUGGUGGUAGGCAUGGAGUUGUGACAUCAUUACAGUCAUCUGGAGUAUCAGGUACCAGUACUAAUGGCUGCAAUGGCGUUGAUGACGGUAACAUCCGGGGCCCUUCAGUGAGUGAUAUCCAUAUAGGAGAGAACCAAAUCACUAGUGCAUUACAUACCAUCGAUGGAGACGAUGGACGAAAUAACGUUGUUCAGUCAGCUGAACAAAGCACGGAAGAUGAGAAAGAGAAGGCAGAAAGUUAUUUAUGCAACAGAGAUAUUGAAUUAGAUCAGACAGACUGCAAAGAAGACCGUGAUGCAUUGAUAUCGGACUCUUAUUUUCCACGUCUGGACAUUACCAAUGAAAAUCAAGCAAUGCUGCCAAACCAAACAUUGAACCCAUGUGCCAGCAAGGAGGCAUUUAGCAUUGACCAAUCACAGUCACCGAUGCAGGAGGUGGGAGAUGAGUUACAGGUGCACCAGGCCAAGUUCAGUCAGGGUCUGAGGAGCUACUGCAGGCUGGUUGACCCCAAGGAACUUGUAGGACUUGCUCACCCUCACAUCCACAGCUUAACCUUGGAGAGAGCCCCAGCUGGCUUUGGAUUUCCCUUCACCCAGUUGUUGAUGAGACUCACUGGAAUUACUGAGCUCAAUAUAUCCGGGAACCAGAUUGGUCCUCAAGCCUUCCGAGUCAUCACUCUUGCCAUGAGUCACAACAGGACCAUUACAUCUUUGGACAUCUCAAACAACCAAGCUGACACAGAUAGUUCAGAAUGCCUUGGGAAAAUGCUGAGUAUAAAUUCCACCUUGGUGAAGCUAGAUGUCUCCAGCAAUCAGCUGGGUAGAGAUUAUUUCUCUCGUUGCAUUGGACCUCCACUAGGCAGCAACAAAGCCCUGAAGACUCUGAGGGCAUCAAGUUGUGGCCUAUCAGAUCUGGACAUAUUGUUGGAUAAUUUGUGCCAGAAUGAUAUGCUAGAGGAAUUGGAUAUCAGUCACAACCAGAUGAAAGAUGGUGAAGUCUUUGCUUCUAAACUCAUGGAUGUUUUAAAGUCUCCAACCUGCCGUAUAAGAGCCCUUCAUGCAAGGAACUGUGGAAUUAGGAAUGAAGGAAUGAAAGUACUAACAGAAGCAUUGGUGGUCAAUACAACAUUGGAGAAGUUACAUGUUGGUGGAAACACGGUGAUGAACCUUUCUGGAAUGAUCAGUCUACUUACAUCGUGCAUUAGACAUCCUGCUUUGACUGUUUGUAAUAUCAGUGACACUGGGCUUACCAGUCAGGAACCGACUGUACCGAGUACCGACAUUUCUGUUGAGUGCAGCACAAGGAGCCAAUUGACUUUACUGAGCAUGGCCAACUGUUCACUCAGUGAUGACAUCAUCAAAACUUUAGCCAAUCAGCUUCCUGGAUCCUUACCAAACCUGUCUGAACUGGAUCUGACUGGAAAUCCUGCUGUGACAGCAGAGGCCCUGCCAGUUUUUAUCACUCUCACAGGAGGAAAGGAUCAAGGAACAACUUUACAAACCAUUCACCUAGGAUCCCUCAGUAUCGCCAGUCUUCCUGACAUCUUACAAGAAUCUGCAGACAUCAGGGCUAACCUGAGAAGCCUUGAUCUACGGCGGGCCAAGAUGACCCCUUCAGAGGUUGGUGGCUUGAAGCCAUUGUGUAAGAGACCAUCUGGCCUGACUAAUCUAUGUCUGGAUGGAUUAAAGCUGUCUAGGUCAGAGGCCUUGGAGGAACUACUAAAUCCAGGCUCAUCAUGUAGCAUAGAGUCGCUCUCAUUGGCUGGCUGUGCUCUACAAGACUUUGACCUUGCACCAAUCACAAAAGCUGUCAGCGAGGGUCUGGCCAUUCAAACCCUCAAACUAUCAGCCAAUAGGCUUACAGAUACCGGAGCAGUUGGCCUGCUAGAGGCUUUUUUAGCAAGAGGUAGUGAAUGUUCGCUGUCGGAGUUGAAUUUUGCCAACAAUCGGCUAAGUGAUGGGUGUGCAGAAACUGUUUCCAAGUUGAUCAGCUCAGCACCCGACCUUCAUUCCUUGUUGUUAGGGCACAAUGCCCUUAGUGGGAAUAAUUUAAAGACAAUACUGGCCUCCUUGUGUCCCAUGGAUUCUUCAAGCCUAAGAGUUCUUGAUCUAUGCAGUCAAGAUUCCCAAAUUGAUGAAAGUGACAUAGCAGAAGUACUCAGCUUGGUGUCAGAGAAGUUGGGUUAUAAGAUAGUUGAGGAGGAUGAUACUGUAAGGUUUGGUUCAUCUGACUUACCUCACCACCCUGAGGGGUUGACUAUCAAUCUGAUGGGACUGGGGGGAUCUGGGGAGACUGGUCAAGUACUGGACAGUCUGACAGUCAAGACAGACUACGCCACGGUUCAACGACCCUGGUUGGCACUGCAGCAUACACUGGAGAUUGCUGACUGGCUGAAGGGAUCGCCAGUGUCAGAAUGUCAAGAUGGUUCAGUCAGCCAGUGUAGCUUGACGUCAGACGAGUGGUGUCAGGUUCUUGGCCUACCCAAGGACCCUUCAGUUCCUUCUUGGCUUCAGGUGUCUGAGCAUCGCUUGAGAGCCAUUUACCUGACUGGCCUUCCAGGGGGCGUUUCAGCUGGCAAGCUGGAGGGCGAUUUGGAGUCAGAGGCUGACUGUCUCAUCCAGGAGGUCUGCAUCAUGAAGGAUUUCAUUCUGAGAAAGCCCAACGGUAUAGCAUGGGUGUUGAUGGCUGACAAUUUAUCUGUUUACAAGGCUCUUGAGUUCUUCCAUGAAGGAAAGGCCUUGAUGUUCAGCCAACCUUACAUGAUAUCCGCUAUCAUGUUAACUGUCGUCGUUGGUGGUGUAAGUGAAGAGGACGCCACAAAAGCAAGACUGGAUUUGGAGGCAAGGGCUCAAGAAGCAGCCAGGGAAAAUGCAGAGCAUCGUGCCCUGUUAGCAUCAAGCUACCAAGCCUCUCAGGAGAGGCACGAGUACGCCAAGGCCAACCCAGCCUAUGCUGAUGGGAGAAUCUGGUGAUCAAGGAGAUAGAACCACAACCUCCUAGGGACCUGCUACCAAGCCUCUCAGGAGAGGCACAAGUACGCCAAGGCCAACCCAGCCUUUGCAGAUGGGAGAAUCUGGUGAUCAAGGAGAUAGAACCACAACCUUCUAAGGACCUGCCUCAGGAGAGGUACAAGUACACCAAGGCCAACCCAGCCUUUGCUGAUGGGAGAAUCUGGGGAUCAAGGAAAUAGAACCGCAACUUCUAGGGACCUGCCUCAGGAGAGGCACGAGUACACCAAGGCCAACCCAGCCUUUGGUGAUGGGAGAAUCUGGUGAUCAAGGAGAUAGAACCACAACUUCUAGGGACCUGCCUCAGGAGAGGCACGAGUACGCCAAGGCAACCCAGCCUAUGCUGAUGGGAGAAUCUGGUGAUCAAGGAGAUAGAACCGCAACUUCUGGGGACCUGCUACCAAGCCUCUCAGGAGAGGCACGAGUACGCCAAGGCAACUCAGCCUAUGCUGAUGGGAGAAUCUGGUGAUCAAGGAGAUAGAACCGCAACUUCUAGGGACCUGCUACCAAGCCUCUCAGGAGAGGCACGAGUACACCAAGGCAACCCAGCCUUUGCUGAUGGGAGAAUCUGGUGAUCAAGGAGAUAGAACCACAACCUUCUAGGGACCUGCUACCAAGCCUCUCAGGAGAGGCACGAGUACGCCAAGGCCAACCCAGCCUUUGCUGAUUGGAGAAUCUGGUGAUCAAGGAGAUAGAACCACAACCUUCUAGGGACCUGCCUCAGGAGAGGUACAAGUACACCAAGGCCAACCCAGCCUUUGCUGAUGGGAGAAUCUGGUGAUCAAGGAGAUAGAACCACAACCUUCUAGGGACCUGCCUCAGGAGAGGUACAAGUACACCAAGGCCAACCCAGCCUUUGCUGAUUAGGAGAUCUAGUUACCGACCGGUGGAGAUAUUAUCUGAGCAACAUGCUGAACAAUGCAUCCGUCCAGCAUCCAAACUUCAAGCCAAAACCAGACCUCACCAUUUUCUCUAGCCCAAGGUAAUUUAGCUACUGGAGGUGAUCGAGGAUGAGAGAUGUCUUUUAAAGACACACAGAGCACUUUACCAUUAUUCUGCCGUCCAACUCUUUACUUCAGGAGAGGCUCAAGUUUUGUUGAAUCCGUCCAAGCAAUGCUGAUGGAAGAGUUGGGUCGAGUUUCUCCCGUCUAGAUCUAUCUUUACAUGGUAGGGAUUACAACUCCCCCAUGGUUGGUUGAACUACACGGCAAAGGGAUUGCUCUGACUGCAGCUGCUCUAGCUCGAGCACGGGGACUUGCUACAGGCAAAUCUACCAAGUUUCCAGGAGCAUGUGUUUGUGUGUAUUUUUCGGUUGCGCCGUAUUACCCCCAGGGUACCAGACUUGCAACGAAGGCUGUUAUUUCAAUAACUAACUUGUCAAGGCUUCGUUUGUUUUGCAUCCAAGUUUCACUGGAAAGUAAGGUAAGUUUCCGUAAAAGCCGACGGCACCGCUGACGUCACACAUUUCACGUCACACAUUUCACAAGAAAGCUCGAGUCUCGUAUCAUUUGGAGUGCUUGGCAAGCCUUUCAUUCUAAUUUAUAUAACGGGUUUUGCCCUUACCCAACGUGUUAUUGAUAAACACUUGAAAUACAUCUUGCAAAAGCCUUCCAUACGUCACGAAAGAAUCUUUUUAAUGUAGAGCCCGCUAUUUUUGUAGGUAAAUUAAGUUGUGCGAUAAUAUUGGAAAGAACUAAAGGACAAUUUCGCAGUGGAAAUAGUUUUGAUAGCUUAAUUAUCCCCGUUUGUUGUUAUGCUUGAUUGUUUGGUAUACAGGGACUGUGAUGAAUGCAAGAUGUCCAAACAAUGCUUCACCCUACAUUAAAAAUAAUCCUGUUUAGACUUUAUUGCACACCAGCAUGUAUAGACUUCUUCAGGAGUUUAUGCAGCACUAGAAUGACUUUAGUUUCAUUACAAUUUCAAUUUUGCGUAGUUAAGACAAAGACACAUAUCUGUAUCCGAAGCAACACUUUCCAUUCCUUGGUAGCUUGCUAGCUUGGAGACCAGGGCGUAUGUGUCCACUGACUUGCGUAAAGAUUUUGGGGCGGCAGCGUUCCGAGUCGCUUGGACGUGCCGAUAAACCAAGUCAGUCACCGGUCAACCAACAAUGCUUUUACCCCUCGCUUUUAAUCACAGAGGACAAAAUCGCGUCAGUAAGACGCAUUUAUUGUCAACUGAUAGCACUCUUCAACGUCAAGCGGUAAUAAAUGAGCAAUGCUCGUCUUGUAUUGCUGGGAAAUAGCUGUGAUUUCCUCAUAUCUAUCUUUAGCUUUGAAUAGAUGAGAAGUUAGAUACUGUAAAUUGUUUAUUAACUCGAACGGCUUCUUGUGUGAUGUGCUUGUACGGUUCGACGUGGCAUUAUGGCGACAGUGACAAGAUACUCAUUGACAGAUGUUUAGUCUCCAUAAGACACUGAUGAUGGAAAACAUUGAUUAGAAUCUUGAUGUCCGGUUUCCGGUUGUUUUGCCUGUUAUUUCUGUUAAAUUCUUCUCUUGUGUUUUGCUGGAUGACAUCCAUUCUUGUCCUUUCGUUGUUUUGGUUUGCUUUGAAAGUUUACGCGCUUCUCGCUAUUUGUUUCAGAUAUUUUGUUUUCAAUUUUGUUGGUCUGUUUGAAGUGACGUGCAUUUGACUUUGCUCCAGCCACAUUGGUCAAUAGACUUUCAGAGAGACACUGGGUUGCAAUUAAUACUGAAGAUUAAUGAUAGAAGAUUUCACAUCUGCAAUUUGACUUACACCGCUGGACGUCAUCAGCGGCCAUCUUGACAUAAAAACACAUGCUUGAAUAACGACAGGGAUUGUCUGUUGUCAACUUAAAAAAUGUCAAGACCGGAAAAGAGCUGCAGGGCGAAAAAGCGGUGUUAAAUCUAAUUGCCUAUCCAGCUAUACCAAGGCACGGUAACAGAUAGUGUUGCAUGGACCAUAAAAUUAA